AAUCAAGAGCUUAAUUUCAAUUGGUGUCACCUUUUUCUUCAAUAUACAUGGACAAAUGCAAGGAAUUAAUAUUCUCUUCCAAAAGGAUUGACAAGAAUCUAGCUAAGCAUGUUUGAUUAAUAGGUGAAUCUUGUCAAGCAUGGGAAGGCAAAAGCAUUCUGAUUCAAGUUGUAAUAACAACCAUGAUCCUAAGAAUAAAAGCCUAUUUCAUAUUAUUAAGUAUCAUCCCUUAUGUCAUCAUUUCAUACAAAAAAGAUAUGCAAACAUGAUGGGUGGUGAGGAAACAAAUGAUGCAGGAACUUUACUUGAACAAAGGAAUGAGGCCUUUUCUUGUGACAAUGGGAAGAACCUAAGCCUUGCUAAGUUAAGAAACUCAAAUGUUGAAGAAAAGGUGACACCACAUUCUUCAGUUGGAAAAAGAUGUGUACAAUGUGUUGAUGCUACAUCUAGAAGUGAUUACUGGGAAUGUAACUUGUGUUGCAAGCAUCACCGACCAACAAAAAAUGACUUGCUUGCACGAAAAGUAAUAGAUAAAAAGAGUUAUAAAGUGGAAAGUAAUGCAAGAAAACACAUAUUUGGUGUUUAUGCUCAUUUAUGCAGGCAUUUUGUUGGUGGCUUGGAAACAACCAACAAGAACAAAGAAAUAUUAUUAACAUUUCUUCAUGAUCCUGUCUUUCCUACGGUCUAUCACUUCCAUAAACAACAUGUGCAAAGACGAAAAAUGAAAUUAAAUAGAUCCGAAUCAUCUCCUCUUCCUUACUCAUCAUCGAAAACAAAAUGGAAAGGAACAUUAUAUUGUGACAAUAUAACACAAGAGUCAGUUCGGCUUGAGUCCUCAAAAACAGCUUAUGAACAGGUCAUGCCAUCAGUAACAAAAGAGAAAGUAAAUGGAAAUUUCAAAAUGAGUGAAGGAGUUAUAAUAGUAAGAAAUGUUAAGGUUUCUUCGGUAUGUGCAAAAGGUCAAAAUAGUCUUAAACAAAAAAUAGAGAAUGUAAGUGGAGAAAGCGAAAAAGAAAAGAUUCGUGUUGGGAUGGAUUCGGUCAUUCAUAAACUUCCACAAGGUCAAAGAAUAUCAGAUAAAUUGAAAGAAGAAAUUUUGAAGAAAUUGACAGAACCUAUUAUUACGAGAGAAGUUCGAUACAAGAACUCGAUAAGAAGAAUCAUGUCUCUUCAAGAACCACUAUUAAGUUAUUAUCAACAAGAAGAGACGCGUUCCCCAUUGAGAAUGUUGAUACCUUUCCAAAGAAUUCUUUCAUUACCUGAUCUUCGAUCUUUUUCAUAUGCUUCUGUGAAUGGAGAUAUUUCUGAUUUGAGUCAAGAAAAUCUUCCCAUUAUAGAUGAAAAUGAUUUGGUGAUUAGUAAUAAUGUGAAAUCAGGAUCAGAUUGUAUCAAUAAGAUUAAUGGAAAGGUGGAUUUAAGAAAUUGUGAAAAUUUCAGUGACCAAGAUAUUGAUGCAAAUAAAGAAUACAAGGCUGCAAUAGCAGCAUCAGCAUCAGAUUCAAUAUCUAAGCUAGCACCGAUCGAUAGACCGGAUAAUAUGGCUCAAAAAAUGGAGAUUCUAAGCAAGAAGUUGAACCAUGAGAUUCCUCAUAUUCAUGUGGAUACCAAAUACAAAGAUGAAUUUAACUAUGUGAAAUAUGUACUUGAAAUAUCUGGACUCACCAGUAAUGAGAGCAUUUCAGCAUGGUAUUCUAAAGACACUCCAAUUGAUCCAUCAUUAUAUGAAGAAAUGGAAAAUGAUCCUAAUUUUUGUGCUAAUAAAGGUGAUCAAUGUAAUCACCAUGUAUUGUUUGAUUUAAUUAAUGAGACAGUGUUGGAAAUUUAUGGAAGGUCACAUUGUUACCCUCCUAUAGGGUGUCACAUUCUCCAUAAAGUUUGGACUCAUAUGAGUAAGUCAUUGUGUUUGAGAUCUAAAGUUGGUCAAAAAAUUGAUGAUCAUAUAAGUAAAGAUUUAUCAAAAAGUGAUGGUUGCUUCAAUGUUCAAUUCUAUGGUGAAGAUGUUGGUUUAGAGGUGGAAGAAAUGAUUUUUCAGGAUCUAUUGGUGGAAAUAAUGUGGGACUUUGCAUGUUUAUGAGACUGAUGUUGAAAUAAUAAUGUGAAUUUUCUCUUAAUUAUGCACAUUUCAUUUUUAACCCCAUUAUUUU